AACUGUGAGACGUUUGAUCUGGCACUCGCCACCCAGAAAGCCGAACAAGACUGUAACGACUACAUAGAAGCGAACAUGAUCAACGCCAGCAGUGGGUUGCACUGUAAUGCGACGUUUGACGGACUGACCUGUUGGCCUUACGCGAAAGCCGGAGUCGGUGUAGUGGAAGUGUCAUGCUCGGCCUACAUCCCUGAGUUCAACCAUGAAGCAAAGGCGAUCCGAGUUUGUGAGGAAACCGGUCUGUGGAAGUUGAAUGAAGUGUCCAACAAGACGUUUGUCAACUAUACGGCCUGCUGGAAGACCGACGACACGGACUUCAACAUAGAAGACGUCGUUACCAUGUACACUGUUGGCUACUCCGUAUCACUGGCCUCCCUCACGAUAGCUCUGAUCAUCCUCAUCUACUUUAAGAGAUUACACUGCACCAGGAACUAUGUCCACAUGCACCUGUUUGUGUCCUUCAUGCUGAGAGCCACGUUUGUGCUGGUGCGAGACAAGGCGCUGUACUCUGAGGGCGGAACAAGAAGCACGCCUGGUUGUAAGGUCGUACAGACGAUUUUCAUGUACUUCAUGGCCACCAACUACUUCUGGAUCCUGGUGGAGGGGCUGUACCUCCACAAUCUCAUCUUUUUCUCAGUCUUUACCGAGAGAAAGGUUCUCAAGUGGUUCGUCGCCAUCGGAUGGGGUUUCCCCGUGCUAUUUGUCAUUCCAUGGGCCGUCGUUCGCGCCAAACUUGCAGAUGAAAGAUGUUGGGACAACGUGGAUGAACAAGGCUACAUCUGGAUCUACAAGUCAUUCAUCGUCGCCACCAUUGGGAUAAACUUCCUCCUAUUCGUCAACAUCAUCCGCGUUCUGGUGAAGAAACUGCGCCACCCAGCUUCAGUCGGUUCUCAGAGACGUUCCAGAUGGUGUUGCAAUUGCCCGCGGGGUACCAAUGGCGGUUCGAGCAACAGAUCGGACGGACGACGAAGCAGUGUCCAGAUGCAAAUGCCUAUCAAACUGGCGAAGUCGACCCUGGUUCUGAUCCCGCUGUUUGGGGUCCACUACAUCGUGUUUGUGGGUAUGCCAGAGAGCGAGAGGGGUCUCGCCUACACCGUCAGAAUGUACUUCGACUUGUUCUUCAACUCAUUCCAGGGUUUCUUCGUCUCCAUCCUGUACUGUUUUCUCAACGGAGAGGUAAGACAAGAGUUCAAAAAGCGGUGGGAACGGUGGCGGAUGGGGAGAGACUUGUUAUCGUCUCGGACCCAGGCGGGAUUCAGCACGGCGCAAACGUACACACACGCCAACCAGAGCCGCCUGCUGCCAGAAAGGGACGAUCUGGAGACCAGUACGGUCAGCCCAAGUCGGCAGAAACGGGGGAGCUCCGUGUCCACACCGACACCGCGCGAGUCCGUGGACUACAUCAAGCAAAACGAAAGAAAUAACGACAAGUUCUUUCACACGACGAGCAACAACACGCCGGCGACGUCGCCCAAGAGCGUGUCGUUCCACCUCUUCUCGGAAAUUAGGAAAAAGUUCAGCACGAGAAGAACAAGAACUGAGGAAACUCGUUUUCACAGAGACGUUAUUCACGAGGAAGGAGAGAAUGAAAAUGAAGAACUGAGCCAGAAUCCAAGUUCUGAUUUAGGAGACAUCAGAAUGGAUGACUUGGCAGUUGUUGAAAAAGUGACUGUUUUGUAGCAAUGACUGUUGCAGUGACGUUGAUGCUUGCUCUGUGGCAAUAUUUUUUGUCUGAUGUGUCAAUUCAAAGCUGUAACACUGUAGCCAACUCGCUUCAUGCCACAGUUGACGUAGAGGCUAGUAUUGAUACACAAAACAAAGUCACGACGUACGGAAUGUAUCAAAUGUUCAUGAAAACAUCGAAUCGCAUUCUUUCAUCUGCUGAGGAAUUUACCAAGAUAACACGAGUGCCAUUCAUCGGUUAGAAGAACUCUAAAAUAGCACAUUUCCAUCGUUACAAUGCAAAAAUAUUAUACGAGCUUUGCGUGUUAUCAAAGUCAAAAGUGAACAGAGGAGGUCAACUGCACAUACUACUUAAUUACAUAUGACUAAUGAAACUUGUACAUAAAGAUGUGUAAAUAAUUGGCAUAUUAAUAUCCGACAGAUACCAUGUAUUCGCCAUUGACAACGUACCUUGUCAAUGCCAAUACGCCAUAUUCGGUUGGAGAGGAUACGUAUUGCUAGGUGCCUUGCCCAUCAAAAUAAUCAAGACCUUCUUCGUGUGAAGCCUACCCAUACCCGAAAGAUCUCUACUUUUUAUAAAUAAAUAAAUGUACAUAGUUCAGAGAACCUAAUGUACUAUUUCGUGGACUGUACAACAUGUAUUUUCAUAGUUGAGAGUAAACGUAUCUGUCGUGUAAAGUGUUUGACAGCCAUUAACUAUGUACAUGUACUAAUGUAUAGUUUGUAAACCGUGCUUUGGACAUUCCAUGAUAUGAGAAAAGGCAUUACUUGUGCAGAUUUGUCUGUAUAUAGAAAAGAGAUGCUAUAACGUUAGUCUAAUUGUGACAAGGUGGAGUUGAUGAAUGUGCUAAACUUGUGACUCAAACGUGUGUCUUAUUACCAGGAAUUAACUAAUAGAAAGCUAUACUAAAUCAGUAUGGUGAAAAGAGACCUCUAUCAACUAUGUAGAACGUUAGUCUACAUACAUUAGGCCACAGCAAGCAAUGUUUAUGGAUGACAUCAGCGCGCGCAUUGAUUUCGCCUGAUUGGGAAAAAAACAAGAACUUUUGUUGC